CAACUAGGCCUGUGAAGGCUAAAAUAUAAACAGAGGAGUUAACUACAAAAUCCGUGUCAAAUUGGCGGUGUCAACACAUAUAUCGAGUCAGCGUCAAUGAAUACAUUGGAUCAACAAUGACCGAUGUGCAGGCGUCCCCUCGAAAUGGGGCUGGAGGCAGUAAAGGAAAAGGUACAAAUGACCCGAUCAGGUUUUUGCCAGUUUUACCAUCAAAAAGAAGUAAACCAUCUUGGCAGCAAAGCCAGCCACUGUUUGAGCUGUCUGGUAAACCAGUGGAAGAGGAUAAAAAUGGAAUAGAUCUUGUUGGUGAACUGACAUCAAGAGAACCAAAAAGAAGGAAGACUGGUAAACUAAAACCAUUAGACAAACAAAAUGGCUCAACAAACGGCGAUGUUACUCAGUUCCAGCAGCCAAAGAAAGACCGAGAGAAUUUCAGGAAGGCUCUCGUUGAUAUCAUCAUGCAAGAUGACCAGGGCUUGCCCCACAGUAGUACAGCAUCUAUGAAUGGAGAUCUGCCCCCUCUGUCCCGCACAGGUUCUCCCACAGGGGCCGAGAAAGAUAUCCUGCGUUAUUACUACUACAUCCAUAAUGGAAUCGACACAGAACAUGUGGCCCCCAUGGAGGACUCCUGGCUGGAGAAUGUCCUCAAUCUGGUCCCAUACGAACUAAAGACAGGCCAUGGAGAGACGAUAGAAAAUUUAUCCGAUGAGAUGAGAGAAGACUAUCUCCUCAGUGUGAAGAAGGCCAUCGUUGACUUCGUACUGAAGGACCCACGAGAGAAAGAAGAUGAUAACAAGGAAAAGCCACCUCAACAUCGUGAGGAAAUGGACGUUGUACCUAAACCCUGGCACAAGUCAUUUGUCCAGGGUCUAGAACUGACCACACAGAACCUACACAUUACCACGCCCUGCAUGCUCCAGGUCCUCGACUUCUGGCAUGUCUCCUUCGGCAACCUACGCUUCAUUGAUAUUGAGGAGUUCCACAAUCGUGUGGAGUCGAUGGAACUCGGACCAUUCCAGACAUUGUGUAUGCGACACGUAGAAGCAGCCAAAGACAGACUUUUGAAAAAGUGGUUCCCUGAGGUCCAGAUUAUGUUCUACGAGGGAAACAAACGCAAACAGGUCCCCAGUAAUCAGGAUCCAGAGAAGCUGGAAUCGUUUUUUAAUUGUGCCGCUACCUUGAUGACAGACAAUCUUCAGCAGCUGACCUUGAACUCUCUGAGUGACUACACUGACCUGUUGUGUCAGCCACCGCAUUCCACAAGAGCUCAUGAACAUCCUGGGUUUGUGUUACGGUUGAUUCUCGACAACAAUUCCAUCAAGUUCGAGCCAACAUUCAAGGAGUUUGAGAUGGUCAUACUGAAUGUAUACGAUGUCAUGAUCAAAGCUUCAGGCCAAGUCCCCCGAGUGGAAACCAAGCUCUACCUUGAUUGGAGUGGAAACAAGAACAAGUCUAACCUACAGCCCAUCAUCCUCCCAGAGAUUGUGGAGGCUCACAAACAGAAGGUCCGCGACAUCAUCAAGAAAGAGAGCAUCGGGCCCAUUGAACAUUGUAAAAUAUUUGACAAGUAUAACUUCCUAAUCUCCAAACAGGCUGAAGCUGAUGUGGAAAAUUUUGCUAAGGAGACCCAUUCUUUUGAGGAAUACUCUAAAGAAGUGAAGAAGUAUCAGAAACUGGUGGAGGAAAUCACUUAUGGGAUGCAGAAGGGACACGUUGAAUUUAGACCAAAGGUGCUGAGACUCGGCAUGUUUGAGGUUCACUGCGACGAACUCAUCCGUGCUCUCUCCAAGCGAGCAGAGGGUUUGUGUCAACGUUUGCUGACCCGUAUGUCGGAGGACCACAAAGAGGCCAACAAGAAACUGUGUGAUGACUAUGAGGAGAUCGCAGAGAAAGCCCUCACUACCCCAGCCAACACUGACCAGUUAAUGGAGAUUAAAGCAUACAUUGAAAACGUGGAAUCUGAUGUCAUCUUCAAGAUGGAGAAGCGUCUGAUGGAGUCAAAAGAUCGACUCACUUUCCUGUCCGACUUUGCCCAGUUUACUCCCGCGGAGAUUCGACUCAACGCUAAUGUGUUUAUGUGGCAUGGACGCAUGCCAGCCAUCUUUGAGGAACACAAGCUAAUCAUCUCGGAGAAGAAGUCACAAUAUGAAGAUGCAUUGAAGUUGCGUAGAGAACGAUUCAUGGAAGAAAUGGAGAGUUACCAAAAGCAGCUUGAGGAGUUCGCGACCUUCGGGGACAUGAAUGAUAUCCAGAAAUAUCUGCGGAAGGCACAAGCUCUGGACAACAAACUCAAUGUGGCUCAGGAAAAGAUUGAGGCAUUCAACAAUGAAGAGGAAGCCUUUGGCUGGCAGACAACAGCGUAUCCUCAGAGACAGGGAAUCAUCAACACACUGAAACCAUACCUCAGCCUGUACGAGCUCACAGUCGACUUCAACAACAAAUACAAGGAAUGGAUGGACGGACCAAUGAGUGGAGUUGAUCCUGAUGAGGUUGAACAGGAUGUUGGGAACUUCUGGAGAAAUCUCUACAAACUGGAGAAGCAAUUUGACUCUGUCCCAGCUGCUAAGAAAAUAGCACACAAGGUGAAGGCCAAGGUAGAGGAGUUCCGAGAGCACAUGCCACUCGUCAACACAUUGUUCAAUCCUGGACUCCGCGACCGCCAUUGGGAUCAGAUAUCGGAAGCUGCGUCCUUCCCUCUGAAGCCAGACGACAGCUACUGUCUGUCCAAGUUUGUGGACAUGAAUCUGGAUGCACACAUCCCAAGAUUUGAGCAGAUCAGUGAGGCGGCCAGUAAGGAGUUCUCUCUGGAGAAAGCCAUGGAGAAGAUGAAGUCUGAAUGGUCCGAGAUUGAGUUUACCAUCAUCCCAUACCGUGACACAGGAACACAGAUUCUGUCGUCCGUCGACGACAUCCAGCUUCUCCUUGACGACCACAUCGUGAAGACACAGACCAUGAGGGGAUCUCCGUUUAUAAAACCAUUCGAGAACGAGAUUCGAGACUGGGAAGGCAAGCUGAUGCUGCUCCAGGACAUUCUAGAUGAAUGGCUGAAGGUACAGGCGACCUGGCUUUACCUGGAACCCAUCUUCAGCUCCCCCGAUAUCAUGGCCCAGAUGCCUGAGGAGGGCCGUCGCUUCACAACUGUCGACAAAAACUGGAGGGACAUCAUGAAGUCUGCUGUGGUCGACAAGCAUGUAUUGGCCGUCAUUGAGAUCGAGAAAAUCCUGGAAAGACUGAAGAAGUCGAAUGAAUUGCUGGAGCUUAUCCAGAAGGGUUUGAAUGACUACCUGGAAAAGAAACGUCUGUUUUUCCCAAGAUUCUUCUUCCUCUCCAACGAUGAACUGUUAGAAAUCUUAUCCGAGACCAAAGAUCCCACCAGAGUACAGCCACAUUUGAAGAAAUGUUUUGAAGGAAUUUCUCGUCUGGAGUUCACCGACACUUUGGACAUUACUCACAUGAAGAGUAGUGAAGGAGAGAUAGUGGAGCUCAUUGAUGUCAUCUCAACAUCCAAAGCUCGUGGACAGGUGGAGAAAUGGCUGCUAGAACUGGAGGCUGACAUGAUUGGUUCUCUUCACAAGACGACAGGGGAGGCUAUUCAGGCCUAUGUGAAGCAGACUCGGUCGGAUUGGGUAAAAGCUUGGGCUGGUCAGUGUGUGUUAGCUGUAGCUUCUAUGUACUGGACAACAUACAUUCAUGAAGCAUUCAAAAAGGGCGGCACUGCUCUUGAGGAAUACCUCCAAAUCAACAACUCACAAAUCGACGACAUCGUAGCAAUGGUGCGAGGCAAACUCUCAAAACAAAAUCGUGUCACCCUCCAGGCCCUCAUCGUAUUGGAUGUCCAUGCUCGGGACGUGCUGGCUCAACUAGUCAAGAGCAAUGUAUGUGACGAGAUGGACUUUGCCUGGCUUAGCCAGCUCCGUUAUUACUGGGAGGAUGAUCGUAUGAUCACUCGUAUGAUCAACUCUAUGCUGAAGUAUGGUUAUGAAUACCUCGGCAACACUGGACGUCUCGUCAUCACCCCUCUCACUGACAGGUGUUACAGAACCUUGUUUGGCGCUCUCCAUCUCCAUCUUGGUGGAGCUCCUGAAGGACCUGCUGGGACCGGAAAAACUGAAACCACUAAGGAUCUCGCCAAAGCUGUCGCAAAACAAUGUGUUGUCUUCAACUGCUCCGACGGUCUCGACUUCAUUGCCCUGGGGAAAUUCUUCAAGGGUCUGGCCUCUUGUGGUGCGUGGUCUUGCUUUGACGAGUUUAAUCGUAUUGAUCUAGAGGUGUUAUCAGUCGUGGCCCAGCAGAUCCUCACCAUCCAGAGAGGUAUUAAUGCCGGAGCGGACCGCAUGAUUUUUGAGGGUACAGAGAUCAGACUGGAUCCUACCUGUUCAGUAUUCAUCACCAUGAACCCUGGUUAUGCUGGGCGCUCUGAACUCCCUGACAACCUCAAGGCGUUGUUCCGUACUGUGGCUAUGAUGGUGCCCGAUUACGCUCUGAUUGCUGAGAUCUCCCUGUACUCCUGUGGUUUUGUGCACGCUCGUCCUCUCUCUGUCAAGAUCGUGGCCGUGUACCGUCUGUGUUCUGAACAACUGUCCUCACAGCAUCAUUAUGAUUACGGCAUGAGGGCCGUCAAGUCUGUACUGACUGCUGCCGGUAAUCUGAAGCUGAAAUACCCAGAGGAGGAUGAAAAUGUGUUGAUGUUGCGCUCAAUUAUUGACGUGAAUUUGCCGAAGUUCUUGAGUCACGAUCUGCCUCUGUUCCACGGAAUCACCUCUGACUUGUUCCCGGGAAUAAAACUUCCUCCUCCAGACUACGAUGUCCUGAACGAAGCUAUCAAAGCGAACUGCCUCAAAUUGAACCUGCAGUGUGUUGACUUCUUCCAGGAAAAGAUUCAACAGAUAUACGAGAUGAUGAUCGUCCGUCACGGUUUCAUGAUAGUCGGUGAGCCAUUUGGUGGCAAGACAAGUGCUUACAAGGUUCUGUCUCAUGCUCUUGGCGACAUUCAUGAGAAGGGUUUGAUGGAAGAGAACAAAGUCCAGAUCACUGUCCUUAACCCCAAGGCUGUUACUAUGGGUCAGCUUUACGGUCAGUUUGACCCCGUCUCCCACGAGUGGUCAGAUGGAAUACUUGCCGUGUCCUACAGAGCCUUCGCCACUUCUACGACCCCGGAUAGGAAAUGGUUGAUCUUUGAUGGUCCAGUCGAUGCCAUCUGGAUUGAAAACAUGAACACUGUCCUGGACGACAACAAGAAGCUGUGUCUGAUGAGCGGAGAAAUCAUCCAGCUGGCUAAUACUACCAACCUCAUGUUUGAGCCCAUGGAUCUUGAAGUAGCCUCUCCUGCUACAGUAUCGCGCUGUGGUAUGAUCUACAUGGAGCCGUCAUCAUUGGGAUGGCGGCCAAUUGUCAAGUCCUGGCUCCAUACCAUGCCACCUACACUGACAGAGACCCAUAAGUCCACCAUUAACGAUAUGUUUGAGAGGUUUGUGGAUGCCUGUAUCCAGAUGAUCAGGAAAGGGGGUGUUGUUGAACUUUCACCAACCACUGACAUUUCAUUGGUCAAUUCUCUAAUGAAUCUGAUGGACACUUUGAUGGACGAAUUCCAGGAUGAGGCUAAAAUCUCACAGAUGGAAGAAAGGGAGAUAAUUACAUGGCUAGAGAGUAUUUUCUUCUUUGCCAUUACAUGGUCAAUUGGUGGGAGCUGUUCUGAUGAUGGCCGUUCCAAAUUCGACAAAUUACUCCGAGAACUGAUAUCAGGUGGUAUGACGGAGGAUACAAGGGUUAAGAUCAGUCUACCAGAACUGGUAGACCCACCAAUGAAGCCCUACCUUAACCCCUUCCCACCUAAAGGCCGAGUGUAUGAUUACAGGUUUAUCAAGGAGGGAUCUGGACGAUGGUUACAGUGGUCCGAUGAGAUAAAGGAUUCCCCUCCGAUCCCUAAGGAAGCAUCCUUUAACGAGAUCAUUGUUCCCACUGUGGACACAGUGAGGUAUACAGCACUUUUAAACAUGCUUCUCACACACAAGAAGCCCGUCCUGUUUGUCGGCCCAACCGGUACAGGCAAAAGUGUCUACAUUGGGAACUUCUUGCUGAACAAGCUAGAUAAGGAACUGUACAAACCCAACAUCCUGAACUUCUCAGCCCAGACAACAGCCAACCAGACACAGAAUAUGAUUAUGUCUAAACUGGACAGGCGAAGGAAGGGUGUGUUUGGUCCACCCCUCGGCAAGACAGCGCUGGUGUUUGUUGACGAUCUGAACAUGCCCAUGCGUGAAACGUUCGGUGCUCAGCCACCUAUUGAGUUACUGCGUCAGUGGCAGGACCAUUGGAACUGGUACGACCUGAAGGAAAUCACAGCCAUGAAGCUGAUUGACAUCCAGCUGGUUGCGGCCAUGGGACCCCCUGGUGGUGGGCGGAAUCCUGUCACACCAAGGUUUCUCCGCCAUCUCAACACUAUCACUAUCAACGAGUUUGAUGAUGAAACCAUGAUCACCAUAUUCAAAAGGAUUAUGGAGUGGCAUAUUUCCUCCAGAGGAUUCAGUAAUGAGUUCAAACCUUGUGUAGAACAACUCGUACUUGGCACACUGACCGUUUAUAAGGAGGCCAUGAAGAAUCUACUGCCCACACCAACCAAGUCCCACUAUCUGUUUAACCUGCGAGAUUUCAGUAGGGUCAUCCAGGGCGUCCUCCUCUCCACCCCGGAAACCAUGGAGGAACCGGCCUCCAUGAAGAGACUCUGGGUCCAUGAGGUAUUCAGAGUCUACUAUGAUCGUCUUGUUGAUGAUGCUGAUCGCAAUUGGCUCUUUACCUACGUCCGUGAAGUGUGUAAAACUGAACUCAGGGAGGACUUUGAUCAGUUAUUUAUUCAUCUGGACUUCGAUAAUGAUGGCAAGGUCACAGAGGAUGACCUCCGUAGUUUAGUGUAUUGUGACUUCGCAGACCCGAAAUCUGACUCUAAACAUUAUGUGGAGGUUCGAGAUCUAGAAAAUCUACGAGUAACUGUAGAAGGAUACCUGGAUGAAUUUAACAACAUGAGUAAAAAACCAAUGAACCUCGUAUUAUUCAGAUUUGCCAUUGAGCAUGUGUCCAGAAUUGCUAGAAUCAUUAAACAGCCAAGAAGUCAUGCCCUUCUUGCUGGAGUUGGUGGCUCAGGACGUCAAUCUCUCACACGACUUGGUGCCCAUAUGGCAGACUUUGAUCUGUUCCAGGUGGAACUCUCAAAAAGUUACGGAAGUCCUGAGUGGCGUGAAGAUUUGAAGAGAAUUUUACGUAAAUCCACAGAAACUGAAAGCCACGGAGUAUUCCUGUUCUCUGACACACAGAUUAAACAAGAGUCUUUCCUGGAAGAUAUCAACAAUCUGUUAAAUGCUGGUGAGGUACCAAACCUUUUUGCUAUUGAUGAGAAACAGGAAAUCUGUGAAAAAAUGCGUCAAUUGGAUCGACAAAGAGACAAAACAAAGCAAACAGAUGGAACACCAGUUGCUUUGUUCAACUUCUUCAUCUCCCGCGUUCGUGAUCAGCUCCAUAUUGUGUUGGCCAUGAGUCCCAUUGGAGACACAUUCCGAAGCCGUCUAAGGAAAUUUCCAUCGCUCGUCAACUGUUGUACCAUCGAUUGGUUCCAGUCGUGGCCAGAGGAUGCCUUACAAGCCGUCGCUCUGAGAUUCCUGGAGGAUGUGGAGCUUGGUGAGGAGGAACGUGUUGGCUGUACAACCAUCUGUAAACUUUUCCACACUUCCACACGAGAUUUGUCAUCUCGAUUUUAUCUGGAGUUGGAACGACACAACUACGUGACACCAACAUCAUAUCUUGAGCUCAUCAGCACAUUCAAGACUCUUCUGGACAAAAAGCGACAAGAGGUUCAGAAACAGAAAAGACGAUAUGAGGUCGGUCUGGAUAAGCUACAGUCAGCUGCGUCUGAGGUUGCUGUGAUGCAGAAGGAUCUGACAGAUCUUCAGCCACAGCUUGUGAUCGCCAGUAAGGAGGUCGACGAGAUAAUGGUGGUCAUCGAGAAGGACUCCGUCGAAGUGGCCAAAGUGGAAAAGGUUGUGAAAGCUGACGAGGCUGUGGCUAAUGAACAAGCUAAGGCAGCUAAGGCAAUCAAGGAUGAAUGUGACAAUGACCUGGCCGAGGCUAUCCCCGCCCUCAACGCUGCCCUGUCUGCGCUGAACACACUCACAGCACAGGACAUUACAGUUGUGAAGACAAUGAAAAGUCCUCCGUACGGCAUCAAACUGGUGCUGGAAGCAGUGUGUGUCCUCAAAGGCAUCAAGCCAGAGCGUAUACCAGACCCAAGUGGCUCCGGGAAAAAGAUUGAGGACUACUGGGGACCCUCCAAGAAAAUGUUGGGAGACAUGAAAUUCUUAGAGAGUCUUAGGGAGUUUGACAAGGACAAUAUACCAGUAGCACACAUGAAGCAGCUGCGUGCCAAGUACAUGACUAAUCCUGAGUUUGACCCAGACAAAGUUAGAAAUGCCUCGACUGCCUGUGAAGGUCUGUGUAGAUGGUGUUGCGCCAUGGACACGUAUGACAGAGUGGCUAAAGUUGUCGCUCCCAAGAAGAUCAAACUAAAAGGAGCAGAAUCAGAAUUGGCGACUGCCAUGGCCUCCCUGGAGAAAAAGCGAAGCUCGCUACGAGAGGUCCAAGACAAACUCGCAAAGCUGCAAUCAACUCUUGAAAAUAACAAGAAAAAGAAAGUGGACUUGGAGAACCAAGUAGACAUGUGUACAAAGAAAUUAGAGCGAGCAGAGCAACUGAUCAGUGGACUGGGAGGAGAGAAAGAUCGAUGGGGUCAGGCUGCGCAUCGUCUCGGUAUCCAGUACACAAACCUGACUGGCGAUAUUCUGGUCUCCUCUGGAAUUGUUGCCUAUCUGGGAACAUUUACAUCAGCCUUCAGACAGGACCAGACCCAGAGCUGGAUAGAGUCCAUCAGAAGUAAUGGUAUUCCCUGUUCUAGCGAUUUUUCUCUGAUCAACACUCUCGGAGAACCGGUCAAGAUUCGGGCUUGGAACAUUGCUGGUCUCCCAACGGACAGCUUCUCAAUAGAAAAUGGAAUCAUGUUGUCAAAUGCCCGUCGUUGGCCACUAAUGAUUGAUCCUCAAGGACAAGCCAACAAAUGGAUCAAAAAUAUGGAGAAGGCCAACAACCUUCAUUGUAUCAAACUCAGUGAUGGUGACUUUGUGAGAACUCUGGAGAAUUGCAUCCAGUUCGGAACUCCGGUCCUGUUGGAGAAUGUACAGGAGGAGUUGGACCCUCUACUGGAGCCACUGCUGCUGAAACAGACCUUCAAACAGGGAGGCAGCAUCUGUAUCCGACUGGGAGACAGUACCAUUGAGUACUCGCAGGACUUCAAAUUCUACAUCACAACAAAGCUACGAAAUCCCCACUACCUCCCAGAGACCUCCGUAAAGGUCACACUGCUGAACUUUAUGAUCACCCCAGAGGGUUUGGAGGAUCAGCUACUGGGUAUCGUUGUCGCUAAGGAACGUCCAGAACUGGAGGAGGAAAAGAAUGCCCUCAUCAUACAGAGUGCUAGCAACAAACGCCAACUGAAGGAAAUUGAGGACAAGAUCCUGGAAGUAUUGUCAUCUUCUGAAGGCAAUAUUUUAGAGGAUGAAACAGCCAUUAAGAUUAUGUCUUCAUCCAAAACCUUGUCUGACGAGAUUUCAGAAAAACAGGCAAUUGCAGAGGAGACAGAACAGAAAAUUGACAAAGCUCGUCUCGGCUACAAACCUAUUGCCAUCCAUUCUACCAUCUUGUUUUUCUCGAUCGCUGAUCUGGCCAAUAUUGAACCCAUGUAUCAGUAUUCUCUUACCUGGUUUAUCAUGCUUUUUGGAAUGUCGAUCGAGAAUGCAGAAAAAUCAGAUGACCUUACAGUACGGUUGCAAAAUCUGCACAACCAUUUCACCUAUUCUCUGUACUGUAACAUCUGUCGGUCACUGUUUGAGAAAGACAAGCUGUUGUUUUCAUUCUUGUUGGCUGUCAACAUCCUGAAACAUGACAAAUUGAUUAAUGAAGAGGAAUGGCGGUUCCUCCUGACUGGAGGAAUAGGUCUAGACAACCCACACAGUAACCCUACCACUUGGUUACCAUCAAAAUCAUGGGACGAGAUGUGCCGUCUAGAAGAUCUUGAACACUUCAAGGGAAUUCGUCAAAAGUUCCUCACACAGAAGGACCAAUGGAGGGAGAUGUACGACUCACUGGAGCCCCAACAUGCUAAAAUGGCUGGAGAUUGGGAAGAAAAACUCCAAAUGUUCCAGAAGAUGCUUGUUCUCCGAUGUCUUCGUCCAGAUAAGGUUGUCCCAGCUGUCCAGGUUUUUGUAGCAGAGAAAAUCGGAAAGAAGUUCAUCGAACCUCCUCCUUUUGAUCUCCCCAAAGCUUUUGCUGACAGUACAUGUGGCGCCCCGCUCAUCUUCAUUCUGUCUCCUGGUGCAGAUCCUAUGUCAUCUCUUCUCAAGUUCGCUGAUGAUCAGGGAUUUGGUGGGGCCAAGUUUGACUCCCUGUCUCUCGGACAAGGUCAGGGGCCGAUCGCCAUCAAGAUGAUCCAGAAGGGAGUGAAGGAGGGAACAUGGGUGAUGUUACAGAACUGUCAUUUGGCACCGUCAUGGAUGCCUACCCUGGAGAAAAUUUGUGAAGAUCUGAAUCCAGAUCAGACUCACCCUGACUUCCGUAUGUGGCUGACCAGUUAUCCUGCCUCGUUCUUCCCUGUGUCCAUACUGCAGAAUGGAGUGAAGAUGACCAAUGAGCCGCCCAAAGGCUUGAGAUUCAACGUCCUACGGUCAUACUUGACUAACCCCAUUUCUGACCCGGAGUUUUUCUCUGCUGUCAAGAAUCAGUAUGCUUGGAAGAAGCUUUUGUUUGGUCUGUGUUUCUUCCACGGAAUCGUUCAAGAGAGAAGGAAGUUUGGACCUCUAGGCUGGAACAACCCGUACGAAUUCAACGAGACAGAUUUACGUAUCAGUGUGCAGCAGUUGGCCAUGUACCUGAACGAGUAUGAGGAUAUCCAGUACGAUGCUAUCAAUUACCUGACUGGGGAGUGUAACUAUGGAGGCCGUGUAACAGACGAGUGGGAUCGUCGUACGCUGCACAGCAUCCUCGACAAGUUCUACAGCACCAGUAUCAUUGAGGACAAGAAUUACAAGUUUGAUGAGACUGGCGAUUAUUACUCACCAAAUGACCUUGAUUAUGAUGGUACCCUGGAGUUCAUCCGUAACCUGCCACUGAACUCGAAGCCAGGAAUCUUCGGUAUGAACGACAAUGCUGACAUCACUAAGGACCAGGGAGAGACACGCCUCCUGUUCAACAAUAUCCUCCUGACACAGAAACGGGCUAAAGCUUCAACUGAGGGAGGCAAAUCUACUGAUGAAGUUGUUGACGAGGUCGCAGCUGAUAUCCUGUCAAAGUUGCCGCCAAACUAUGAUACCGAUGCUGCUCUGAGGAAAUAUCCUACAUCGUACAAGCAGAGUAUGAACACUGUACUUGUCCAGGAAAUGGUGCGGUUUAAUCGCCUCCUCAUCACCAUCAGGUCCAGCCUCAUCAACAUCAGGAAGGCUCUCAAGGGUCUUGUGGUCAUGUCCGGUGACCUAGAAGAGGUCGUACUGAGUAUUCUGAAGGGCGUUCCUCCUGGCAUGUGGAUGAAAAAAUCCUACCCAUCCCUUAAACCAUUAGGAAGCUAUGUGAACGACUUCUUGGCUCGGCUGAAGUUCCUUCAGGACUGGUAUGAUCAGGGACCACCACCACAGUUCUGGAUCUCUGGCUUCUAUUUCACUCAAGCCUUCUUGACUGGUGCCCAGCAGAACUACGCCAGAAAGUACACCAUCCCAAUUGAUCUGCUUGGCUUUGACUACGACGUCAUGGAGGACAAAGAAUAUGAAACCGCUCCUGAAGACGGUGUGUUUGUGUAUGGCCUAUAUGUGGACGGAGCUAGAUGGGACAGGAAAACCAAGUUGUUGGCCGAAUCCGAACCGAAAAUAUUGUUUGACCCCUUGCCCAAGGUGUGGGUGAAGCCAAUAAAGAGAACAGACAUCCCCGACAAACCGAUCUACAGGUCUCCGAUCUACAAAACAAGUGCCCGGCGUGGUGUUUUAUCGACCACUGGUCACUCCACCAACUUUGUCAUCGCUAUGAGUGUUCCAUCAGACAAGCCACAGCAGCACUGGAUCGGAAGGGGUGUGGCUAUGUUGUGUCAGCUUGAUGAUUGAUGGAUCAAAAUGGAUGGACCUAGCUCUAAAUUUUACAGAUAUGUUAUAGCUUGUCAGCAUGAUGAUGUUGUCUAUCAUUGUGUGAGGGCGUGGUUUAUUAUGCAAAUGAACAUAAAAAUAUCACAGGCUGAUGACAAAAUGCCAAUUCUAUAAGUAACGUUUUUGUGUGAUAUACAGUGUAUUCUUCAUGAGCAUUAUGGAUUGAUGAAUACCAUUAUUCCGAAAAUAUGUUUUUAUUUUUGUCAAUAAAAGAUACCAUGAUCAUAUUAGUUGCUGCCCUAUUCUAGAAGCAACCUGGAAACAAUUGUGAAAUAGGAGCUGAAAAAUCUUAUUUAUAUAGAUUGUUUUAAUAUCUCCUAAGUGUUACUAAUCUUGAAUUACUAAAUAUUUAUACAUAAUCUAUAUUUGAAUAUUUAUCUGUUAAAGACCUUGUUUAUCUUCAGUGUGAAGGAGACAAUAUAGUAUUUAUUGUUACAGUGUAUUGUGAUCACAGGGUUUGCUGAUAAUGUUUGUAUUACUUCUGUGAACAAGUUUUGUGCUACUCCGUCCACAUUUCUCAUAUGAUAUUAAUGAUUUCUAAACUAUUAAUUUGUCUUAACUUUUCAAAAUUUGUAGUUGCUUUUGAAAAUUAAAUAUAAUAUAGUAUUUAUAUAUAGUAAAUGCCAGUAUUUUGGAAGUUUUCCCUCCUUCCAGCAUGUGUGCGAUAUAUAAUAUAUAUCAAAUUACUAUUUAAAACAAUAACUGUGAUUUAUUUUUGUAAUAUUUGCGGAAGUGAAUUAAAUUUCUGAAUACUUCUCUCAAUGAAAUAUUGAGAGAUUAUAAAGCUGUCCAAAUGUAAAUAAACAUUAUAAAGAAUUGUUACAAAAUUAAUGUCUUUAUAAUUACUGUUGAAGAUGAUCACUAGAUGAAUGACUAAUAUUAUUAUUUAUAUGUGCUAAGCCGUAAUCUGUUUUCAUGCCGAUAUCCACUUUUGUGGAAAUAUACUGUGAUACUUGGAAACUAAUCAUGUUUUGUAAUUUACUUUUUUACUGAUUUUGUAGCUGCAUACAUUCCUUUAGUUUUCAAUCACUUGUGAUUUUUUGUUAUUUAAUACAUGUAUUUGCUUUCAUUAGCAAUAAUUGAUCACACGUUUGAAGUCUUUCUUGAUCAGGAUUUGUAUUCAACCUUUAGGUACAAAAAUGGUUAUUAUUUCACUAGUGCUCUUGCAUAUUGACAGACCUUGACAAUAAGUUGGUCAAAUUUGCUUCAGUCAAAAUAGUCUUGAGGUUAGCUUAAGUAUAAAACUGAAAUUACUUAAGUUUAAUUAUCUAAAAGGGAAGAUAAUUUACAUAUUUUACACAUUCCAAAAAAGAAUACCUUUGAGAAUUUUCAAACUCUAUUAAAGACUGACUGUGGUGAUUAUAACAUGUGGAUAUUGAACAAGAAUGCGAUAAUGAUAAGUAUAUUGUAAUAUAUGACCCAUGAGCAGAAGAAGAGGGGUGAGGGGGAGGGGGAUCUAUGGUGGGAGUAAGAUAAGGUAGGGGUGUAGGGGUGGCCAUAUUUCUGUGAUAUCAUACUGCUGUACCUAACGUAGUGUGCCUUUUUCUAUCUAGCAAUACUUAGCUGACAGGAAACUGCUGUAGAGAUGAUAGUGUGCCUUUUUGUAGCAAUACUGGACUUUACCACACCGGAAACUGCUGUUAUUAAACUUUAGUGUCUAAACUUUCCAAUGUGAUCGAUACUUUCUGCUGAUAUAUAAUGUGUUACUUUCUGCUGAUAUAUAAUGUGUAUUUGUACAGAUAUGUGAAAAGUUGUCAAAAUAAACGCAGAUUGAUGCUGUA